AUGUCUCUGCCAAUAGCUGCUGCUGCAAACGCCGCUGCGUCUGCGAGAAGAAGAGGUCCCAAUCUUAAUAUUGUCAUAUCCUGCCCAGAAUGUAAAGUUUACCCACCAAAAGUUGUCGAGAGGUUUAGUGAGGGUGAUGUCGUGUGCGCGUUGUGUGGUUUGGUCUUGUCAGAUAGAAUAGUGGAUACAAGAUCAGAGUGGCGUACUUUCUCCAAUGAUGAUCAAAAUGGAGAAGAUCCAAGUCGUGUAGGUGAGGCUUCAAAUCCCCUAUUGGAUGGUAAUCACUUGUCGACAAGGAUCGGUCAAGGGCAAGGUGGCGAUGCUAAACUCACGAGGGAGCUGAAUAGAGCACAGAGCAAGAGUAUAGUUGAUAAAAAGGAUACGGAACUGCAGGCUUCUUAUGCAAAGAUUACUAUGAUGUGUGAUGCUGCCGAAUUGCCCAAAAUUGUUAAAGACUGUGCAAAAGAGGCUUACAAAAUUUGUUAUGAGGACAGGGCACUUAGAGGAAAGUCUCAGGAAAGUAUAAUGGCGUCUGUAAUUCUUGUUGGUUGUCGUAGAGCGGGGGUAGGAAGGUCUUUUAAAGAAAUAUUCUCAUUAACCAAUGUGAGAAAGAAGGAAAUAGGGAAGACUUUCAAUAUUAUCAAAAAUAUCCUCAGAGAGCAAAAUGCUAGUGGACAUGCUAAUAUCGACACUGAGAACAUUUCAUCCAGCCAAACAUCUGCGCAGACUUUCAUUCCGAGAUUCUGUUCCCACUUGGGUUUGCCGGUCCAGAUUGCCAAUGCGGCCGAGUAUAUUGCUAAACACUGUAAAGACAUCAAUGUACUCGCAGGUAAGUCUCCCAUCACUAUAGCUGCAUCUGCAAUCUAUAUGGCAAUCCUAUUAUUUCAAGUGAACAUUUCAGCAACACAAGUUUCACGUAUCUUGGGUGUCACAGAGGGAACUAUUAAAGGCGGUUACAAAAUCCUUUACGAAUAUCGAGAAAAGGUAGUCGAUCCGAAAUUGAUCGAAAGUGGGAAGAUAAAUUUAGAUAAUUUGCCAAAAGUGAACGAAAAGGGCGAUAAAAGCACUGGUCCUAAUUGA